AUAAUCCUGCUUUUAUAAUUCUUCACGUUUUAUGAACGCAAGCAGAAGUGAGAAGAAGAUUGUUAAAUGAAAGAAUGAUGGAAGAGAAAGAAGAAAACGGACCAGAAAUAUAUGAAUACAAAGAAGGUGAUACAUACGAAGGUGAAUGGUCAACGGAGGGAAAAAAACACGGACUUGGAAGAAUACAGUUUAAAAAUGGUACUGAAUAUGAAGGAAUCUUUCGAAAUGGUGUAUUUCAUGGCUUCGGAACCUUGUUUUUUGAAGAUGGUACUACAUACGAAGGUGAAUUUUACGAAGGAAAGUUUCAUGGUUUUGGGGUGUAUACAAGAUGUGAUGGGAUGAAGUAUGAAGGAAGAUUUUCAGAUGGAAAUCCUAAUGGAGCUGGUCUUAUUACAUUCCAAGAUGGUAGUCACGGAAAGCCGAGACAAGAAGGCUAUUUUGAAAAUAAAAUCCUGAUCAAAGGAAUGGAUGUGUCGAUGGAAUUAAAGAAAGCAAGAAAAAGUGCGGAACGCGCAAGAACAUGUAAAGUUGGUGGGAAAAUAACUUAAACAUUAUUAUAACGAUUAAAUAGAGUUUUUUAGUCCUUUUUCGUGGUUUUCUAAACAUAAAAUGAUAACACUA